CCCUGCAAGUGUGAGAAACGCCGUGUUAAUGAGGAAAUGAGUUUGUCAUGAAGAAAUGAACAGGAAGACGUUUGUCACACAGACGAACAGCAGCAGGAUGGAGACGCUCGGCUGGAUUCUGUUCAUGUGGGUCUCUCUCACUUCUCCAGCGUCUCUUUCAGAGGCCUUCAAUAUCGACACUGAACAUCCACUGAGAUUUAACGGCACGGCAGAAGAUUUCUUUGGUUACAGCGUUUAUCAGUCUGAGUUUGAAAACAGGAAACAGAUCAUCGUUGGAGCCCCAUUAAAAAGAAACUCAACAGGUGAAAUUUACAGCUGCACAGUAGAUCUGCAUUCCUGCAGUCCGCUGCACUGGCCAGGCUCAGAGAGCGUCCGGUUCUUCGGCAUGUCUGCUGCUGUGUCGUCUGCUCCUGUCGGACGCUUGACUAGCUGCAGUCCGUAUCUUCCUCAUGACUGUGAUGGAAAUUCGUAUCUGAACGGCGUCUGCUACCAGUUCAACAGCGGUUUACAGGCCGUCUCAAACUUUACAGCUGCUUACCAAGAAUGCACGAAGAGAGAAGUCAAUCUGGUGUUUCUCUUUGAUGGAUCCGCCAGUAUGAAAGACAAAGAAUUUGAAAUGAACAAAAAAUUCAUUAUAGAUGUUAUGAAAAAACUUUCAAACUCCUCCAUAAAGUUUGCUGCUGUCCAGUUUUCAUCUGCAUUCAGAACUGUGUUUGACUUCAAUGACUAUCAGAACGGCUCCGCUGAAGAGAAACUCAUGAAAGAGAAACACAUGAAAUCUCUCACAAACACACACAGAGCAAUCAAAUAUGUCUUAACCACUCUCCUGAAUAAUCCGUCGUCUGGAGCCGAUCUCAGCGCUCAGAAAGCCCUGGUGAUCAUCACAGAUGGAGACCCCACUGAUCCAGAUGCUGAAAAUAUCAUCCUUAAAACAUGUGAUGAGCAAAAUAUCCUCCGCUACAUCAUUGGGGUGGGAAAGGUUAACUUAACCAGACUCACUCAACUGGCUUCAGAACCAAAAACAAACAACACCUUCUACAUUCAAGACUACAGUGGACUUGAAGGACUUCUUGACAACCUGCAAAAAAAGAUCUACAAUAUUGAAGGGUCAAAGGAUGCACAGAGCAAAGACAGGCUGAAAGAGUUAUCACAAAGUGGAUUCAGUGUCCUCUACCACAAGGACUCUGUGAUUGUGGGUUCGGUUGGAUCUAAUGACUGGUGUGGAUCUCUGUAUGAAGUGACGGGAUCAGGAUCUGGAUUCAAAGAGACUGAGAUUAAGGAUCCAGCUGUCAGUAAAGACUCGUACAUGGGUUACUCUGCUGUGCUGGGAAUGAGAGGCGGCGUCUCUCUUCUGUUCUCUGGGGGGCCGCGGGCCGAACACACGGGUCUGGUUACCCUCUUCACCAAGAAUGAAGGCGCAUGGACAGUGACGGGGAACAUCACCGGAGAACAAAUUGGAUCAUAUUUCGGAGCGUCUCUGAGUGUGUUGGAUCUGGACUCGGAUGGAGACUCAGAUUUCCUUCUGGUCGGAGCUCCGCUAUUUCAUCAGUCUCAGCCGAGGGCAGAAGGGAGGCUGUACGUCUACGCUUUAUCAGAGGAGUAUUUUCAGAAGACACUGAACGUGAGUGAGUCAAACACAGGAAGAUUUGCAGCAUCUUUAGCGUCACUAAAGGACCUGAAUGGAGACAGCCUGUCAGAUGUGGCAGUCGGAGCACCACUUGAGAACGACGGAGAGGGAGUCGUCUACAUUUACCUGGGUGACAGGACACAUGGAAUAAACCCCGAACACGCUCAGCGGAUCCCAGCGCGGUCGGUUCUGCCCGGUCUGAAGCAGUUUGGAGUGUCUCUGUCCGGUCAGAUGGACAUGAGCGAUGAUAAUCUGACAGAUGUCGUGAUCGGAGCACAAGGAGGGAUUGUGCUGCUCAAGGCUCGUCCUGUGAUGUCUGUAUCUGCACAGCUCAGUUUCAGUCCCAGUGAAAUCAGUCUGACCGACUUUGAAUGCCCGAGUGACAAAGAGUUAAACGCGUUUAAUCUCACUUCGUGUUUGACGGUGGCCGAGCGGACCAGUAGCAGCGGAUCUCUCAAGAAGAACCUGAAUGUGUCUCUGAACCUGAAUGUGGACGUGAUGAGAGGAAUCAAUCGAGGAUUCUUCGUUCAGAAUGAUUUGUCAUCCAAGACUCUGCAGCAGUUCGUCCUGCUGGAUUCUGGGACCUCCUGUUUCAGCUUCCCCAUUUUCAUGAAGAGCUGCACUACCGACACAGUGUCUCCUCUGAAGAUACAAAUUAAUUUCUCACAAACCAAGACGUUUUCUGAAAGCUCCAUGGCUAUUCUUGACAUCCACAGCAGGACGAAGGAGUAUGUCGAGGUGCCGUUUCAAAGGAACUGUAAUUCAAACAGCUGUGUGUCCAAUCUGAAGCUGAACUUCAGUUUUAUGAACGACACGUUACUGGUGGUGAAUCAAGCUCAUUUCACUGUCUGCGUAUCGCUGGCCAACCCAGGCGACGACUCCUUCAACACCAGCAUAGUGCUGCACUACCCAGAAGGCCUCUCGCUCUCAAAAUUUGAAACCGUUAAGCCCAGCCAGACUCGAAGCAGAUGUGGUGAUCGUGACAAUGGUGCUAUGAACAGAACCACCUGCAGUAUCAAUCUACCAGUGUACCGCAGCGGCACCGCGACUCAGUUUAAGGCAAUCUUUCAUGUGAAACGGGAUUACGACUGGGCUGACAGGAUGGAGAUGAUGAUCACCGCUAACAGUGAUAAUAAUGGAAACAUCAGCGAUACGGUGGUGAGGAGGAGCAUCCCGGUUCAGUUCGCCGUUGAUCUGGCGAUCAGUCUAGUGGCUGAAGACUCUGUGAGGUAUCUGAACUUCUCUCUGGAGGACAGAGGUCCAAAACCUCUCAACAUCAUCUACAAGGUGGAGAAUCUGGGUUUCAAAGGUCUGCCGGUGUCACUCAAACUCAUCCUGCCCUGUCAAACUACACAUGUGAUUUUAACCCCUCAGACCUUCAGCAUGAAGAACUCUUCAGUGCCGUGCGAAUUCACCAAACCACAGGACGGUCACUGCGGGAAGUUUGAGUGUGGUCAGUUUGAUCUGCAGAAAUCUUCAGAAGUUCACUUCAUCCUGACGGCAGACGCAGCUCUCCAGAACGUGAAGGAAUACGAGAGCAAACACUCCUUCAGCGAGUUCAGAAAGGAUUUGGGAUUCGACAUCAGCGCCGAGCUCCACUUCAACAGAAGCCGCUACAACCAGACGUCAACCGGCCUGAAGGACGACCCUCACAAAUCACAGACUAAAGUAAGUGCAGAGUUUGUCGUUCCACCCAGUAAAAUGCUGAUCGUCGGCACUGGCGCAGGGGGCGGAGUCAUCCUGCUCAUUAUCUUAUUGAUCCUGCUGGUGAAGUGUGGGUUUUUUAAACGAACGCGUCCUGACGAGUUUCCCUCAGGGGAUGAAAACAUAACUUCGGUUGAAGACUCUCCUCUCAUGAACACGAAUGGUAAAGAAAAUGGAGGAGUCAGUGAGAACGACAGCACAGAGAAAGAGAAUAAAGUGACAGAGACGAAUCCCAAUUCUGAACCGCCAAACACUGAAAAAUAAAUUCACAUUUAGCUGCUUUUCCACCACCUUGGCCUGGAAUUCUCGGCACGGUUGUCUAACCUGAAUCGUGCUGGUAGAAUCCGUGAAGUGAUGACGCACACUCAGGAUUGGUCACUUGUCUGUUGCUUGGCUACCAGUUUAUCUGGCUAAUCUCUCUAUUUGAACGAUGUAAACAUAAAUGAAUAAUAAAAGUAAUUGAAAUAUCUGAUCAUCCUCCAUAACGCGGCUGUUAUUUACUUCUCAUUUCAUCAGUAAACCUUUGCGUUACCAAAGCAAUGGCUGACGCUUUUGUAUGACAUUCCAAAGAGCGGCCGUUAUAUCAGCUGCACAGUGGAAAAUGAAUCCGUAACUGUACCAGCUGGCCUGUAUCGGCAAGGAUUCGAAAUGAGAACCAUUCAGCCCGAUGGUGGAAAAGCAGCUUUCAUUUUCAGCACAACAAAAGUAAAUGAAGGUGAAGAUGUUUGUUUGGAAGGAACUCAAGAUUCUUUCAUUGUUAAUGAUUUUUAAUGCUCUGUGGCCUGUUGCAUGAAGCUAGUUGAACAAACUCAGAGUUUCAGAGUAGUUUUGGAGUUGACAAAUCCAGAUAAAUCCAACCUGGUUUAGAUCAGGAUUAACUGUUGCACAACACUCGGUAUAAACUUUCUCUGUCAACUCAUUUUUAAUCCAGAGUUUGCAAAGCGCAUGCACCUGAAAGUGUGACACGUGCGGCAAACAGCCAAUCACGCGGAACAAGGAGAACGUCCGUUUGAUUCACUUCUCGCGAGAGCCGCGCAAUUUAUGUCUCUUCCGAAGAUUAAGAGAUCGUUAUGAAAAAUAUAAAAUUAAACAUUUACAAAGCAGGAAUAAACACUGAUGCAGUGAAAGUGUGAGAAGGCAGCUGAAAGAAAAUAUCUAACUCUAUCAAUGCAUGUGAAUCAAACAAAUAGACCAAAUAAUUUAGUUUCAUUAAGAGCUCAAAAGAAUACAUGUAAGCUUAAUCUGAUGAAAAGCUUUAUAUAUUAUACAUGUAUCAUGUUUAUUUUAAUUUAAAAGCAAAGUUUAAUUUUGUCAAUUAAUAUAAUAGGCCUAAUUAUAUGAAUAUGUCAUUAAUUAUUCAUAAUUUUAAUUUAUUUAAUAAGUUUGUGAUCUCUAACUCGGAAUAAAACCUGCUCCGGAGCAGGUUAGCCGAAGCGUAAGUUACCGUAGCAAUGAAACACGCUAAAAACCAAUCCAACUUCAUAAGCCCGAAAAAACAGAUUUUGCUUAAACUAAUCUUGAACUUACCUGGGUAGCAACUGAAACCGGCUUUGUGCAACAGGCCACUGGUUGUAUGAUAAUGUUUUCUUGAGGCUCAUUGUGUGUUCAGUAUGUUUAGAUUAAUUCUGAAUAUUUUUUGUUAUUCUGAAUAUUAAUAUUUUUAAAAGAAGAUAAAUUAAUGUUCAAUUAAUAUACAAAUAAAUGAGUUUUAUACAUGA